UCCUGUGGGGGUGGGCGGCGGGGAUGACAGCGGCGGGGGUGGCAGCGGCUGCGGCGCGGGACUGAGCGAGCGGCUAGCGAGCCGGGGAAAGAGGAGGAAGUAUAGCCGCGGCCCGGAGCUCUGGAGUCAGCUGCCGCGCCGAGGACCGCCCCAUUUUGCAGAGCGAGCCGAAUCCGAACCUAAGAAGACUUCCCCGCCGGGCUCCGCGCCUCCUCGCCGGCGCCCUGCCCUGCCCCGCCUGUCCCAGACCCGGGUUCCGCCGGGACGCUCCCUGCCCUGCGGUCCGGGGCGUGUGGCCGGGGCGCCCCGAGCCCCAGACCCUGAUCCAGUGCACCGGCGAGGGACGCUCCUGGCCCACCAUACGGCUCUAGGGUUAAGGGCUCGUUCCCAGCCUUUCUAUAGUGUGUGUUGGAGCCCCCAGCCCUCCGACCGCGGUUAAGGCGGGGUGCCCCCAGCCCCGUGACUGAGUGCAAAGCAGCCCGGACGCCUCCAGACUCUGGUUGCCCGAAACCCGAACCUUCAGCUGCCUCCAAUCCGGUGCUUCGGACCUGGGACCGUGCGAACAUCCAGGAAACCCCGGCCCGGGUUCAGCGCCCCGUGAGGGGUCCAAGGCGGGCUGGAUAGUCGGACUGAACCAGACUGGGCUGGUGCUUCGAGUCGAAGCUGCCACCUUCCUGCCGCCCCAGGCGAGGAGCUGAGCGCUUGCCCCCAAGAGAGCACAAGAGAGAGCCGAGAAGUGCAGCUCUCCCACUGAAGUGACAUCACCACCUCUGUGGACAGGACCCCCCAGGAGCCCAGCUCACAGCCACUGGUGCCUUCUUCCAGGACCAGCCGGGGGCCUCCAUGGGCGCCUGAGGGCAGGGCGCCAGGGCCGCGGGCGCGAGCAUGGUGAGACACCAGCCCCUGCAGUACUAUGAGCCGCAGCUCUGCCUCUCCUGCCUCACCGGCAUCUACGGCUGCCGCUGGAAGCGCUACCAGCGCUCUCACGAUGACACCACACCGUGGGAGCGCCUGUGGUUUCUGCUUCUCACCUUGACCUUCGGCCUCACGCUCACCUGGCUGUACUUCUGGUGGGAAGUCCACAACGACUACGAUGAAUUCAACUGGUACCUCUACAACCGCACGGGCUACUGGAGCGACUGGUCCGUGCCCAUCCUCAUGACCACAGCAGCCGCCUUCACUUACGUCGCAGGCCUCCAGGUCCUGGCACUAUGUCACAUUGCCGUGGGGCAGCAGAUGAACCUGCACUGGCUGCACAAGAUGGGGCUGGUGGCCAUCCUGGUGGCUACGGUGGUGGCCAUGUCAGCUGUGGCCCAGCUGUGGGAGGACGAGUGGGAGGUGCUGCUUAUCUCCCUGCAGGGCACAGCGCCAUUCCUGCACAUGGGGGCCCUGGUCGCCAUCACUGCGCUCUCCUGGAUCGUGGCAGGACAGUUUGCCCGCGCAGAGCGAUCCUCCUCCCAGAUGGCCAUUCUCGGUACCUUCUUCACCGUGGUGUUUGCCCUCUACCUGGCCCCUCUCACCAUCUCCUCUCCCUGCAUCAUGGAGAAAAAGGACCUGGGCCCCAAACCUGCCCUCAUCGGCCACCGCGGGGCCCCCAUGCUGGCCCCAGAGCACACGCUGAUGUCCUUCAGGAAGGCCCUAGAGCAGAAGCUGUACGGACUCCAGGCUGACGUCACCAUCAGCCUGGACGGCGUGCCCUUCCUCAUGCACGACGCCACCCUGCGCCGCACCACCAACGUGGAGGAGGAAUUCCCGGAGCUCGCCCAGAGGCCCGCCUCCAUGCUCAACUGGACCCUGCUGCAGAGGCUCAACGCUGGCCAGUGGUUCCUGAAGACGGACCCCUUCUGGACGGCCAGUUCCCUGUCACUGUCCGACCACAGGGAGGCCCAAAACCAGUCCAUCUGCAGCCUAAUGGAACUCUUGGAGCUGGCCAAGGGCAAUGCCACGUUGCUGCUCAACCUGCGUGACCCGCCGCGGGAGCACCCCUACCGCGGCAGCUUCCUCAACGUCACGCUGGAGGCCGUGCUGCACUCCGGCUUCCCCCAGCACCAGGUCCUGUGGCUGCCUAACAGGCAGAGGCCCUUCGUGCAGAAGGUGGCUCCUGGCUUCCAGCAGACAUCGGGCUCCAAGGAGGCAGCUGCCAGCCUGCGGAGAGGCCACAUCCAGCGGCUGAACCUGCGCUACACUCAGGUGUCCCGCCAGGAGCUCAGGGACUAUGCAUCCUGGAACCUGAGCGUGAACCUCUACACAGUCAAUGCCCCGUGGCUCUUCUCCCUGCUGUGGUGCGCAGGGGUCCCGUCUGUCACCUCUGACAACUCCCACACCUUAUCCCAGGUGCCCUCCCCCCUCUGGAUCAUGCCCCCGGACGAGUACUGUCUCAUGUGGGUCACCGCCGACCUGAUCUCCUUCAUCCUGAUCGUUGGCAUCUUCGUGCUCCAGAAGUGGCGCCUGGGUGGCAUACGGAGCUACAACCCCGAGCAGAUCAUGCUGAGUGCCGCGGUGCACCGGACCAGCCGGGACGUCAGCAUCAUGAAGGAGAAGCUCAUCUUUUCAGAGAUCAGCGAUGGCAUGGAGGUCUCCGAUGAGCUCUCUGUAUGUUCAGACAACAGUUAUGACACAUACGCCAACAGCACCACCUCCCCUAUGGGCCCCCAAGGGAGCGGCAGCCGCGCCACGACCCUCACAGACCGGAGUGGGCGUUAGCUGAAGACCCGUCUGUCCAGCCUGUACCUCAUGUGGAGACAGGGGAAGCCCACAGAGCUGGAAGAAGCACGCUCUGGGAGCUGGCUCCACAGUCUCCUUGUUGGCUCCAGC